GCCGGCGUGGGAGUAGUUCAGCUUGCAGCUGCCGCCCGCGACCACGCCCGACAGCUCGUCGCCGCCGUGCCCGUGGACGUCGCUCCUUGGGUGGUGCAAGUGCAGGCCCUCGGAGCCCAAGAGUCCGCCGUGAAAAUCCGAUGGCGACGGCGCCGGAUCGUGCAGUCUGGACGCCGCCUGCCCGAAUCCACCGUCCGCCGCGCCGAAAAUGGACUGCGUUGACGGCUGCGAGUCCAGGAGGUUCUGGAAGGAGAGGUAGCUGCUGCUGGGGUCCUGCAGCCGGAGAAGCGCCGAGGACGUCAGCUGCUGGAAGGUGUCGGGCGCGACAGGGUUGGAGGGUGCGGCGGCCGUGCCCGUCGGGGCACUGGCAUUGGCGGCGCCUAGGUUGGAUGAGGACAGCGUGGACGACGACGACGACGACGAAGACGCCGUCGUGAAGGGCGGGAAACUGGAGGACACGGUCGGGAGCUUGUGUGGGAAAGGGCGCAGGAGGUACGGCGGCAGCGAGGCCGUGGCGUCCGCGGCGGAGCGCAGGGAGGAAGGCGGGGAGAAGAUGUGGUCGAAGCGGGUGCGGAGCGACGCGGCGGGGCCCCCGACCCCGACGCCCGCGCCGAAGGGCGGGGACGGGAUGCCCGUGAACUCCUGCACCAUGGCGCGGAAGUUGGAGGUGUCGGUAGUGAGCACCGUCGUGGGCGCCCGCCGCGAUGCGCGCGUCCGCUUCCGCGACCCCCUCGGUGGCUGCGCGAGCGCGCCCAUCGCGGCGCCCUGCCCCGGCGCCGGCGCCGCCGCCACGGUCGCGUCACCAGCCUGCUGGCGCCCGCCCGAGCCCGAGUCGGGUUGCGCGACGAGCGGGGACGAGGAGGAGGAUAGCCCCGAGGUACCGGCGAACGACCCAGAUGACCAGGUACCCGCCUGCUGCUGCGGCAGCGGCAGCGGCGGCGCGGACGUCAGCUCUUGGAGGCCGAAGUAGGAGCCGUGGAGCGAGAACGCGGCGGCCGAGGGGGACGGCGACGGGCGGAGCAGUGCGGAGAGCGGAGAGGAGUCGAACUCGUCGUCGCCGCCGCUGGACGACUGGAGGCUCCCGCUGUUGCCGGAGUCCAUCGGGACGCCACCGCAAAGCGCGAACCCACCAACCCUUGGCUUCCCCUCCACUCCCUCUCCUGCCCCGCUUCCUGGUGGUGCAACUCCCCAAAAACAACCAACAACCACCACAAGGAGCUAAAAAGGCCGGAUCUUCCACUCCGGGACUCGCUGAUCAAGGAGGGACGAGUGGCAGGCGCAGAAAGAGGAGAAGCUUUGCGUCGGGCCGGCGACGCGGUAUAAAAAGGGGAGGGGAGUAGUAGAAGAGAUCGGUGAGGGAAGCGAGAGCAGGAGAGGAGAGGAGAGGAGGGGAGGAGACGGCUGCUGCUUCGGAGCACGUUCCCG